AUCACUUGGCUGAACGGUCCGGGCGGGAUAAAACCAUCCUCUUUAACAUGCCCAUCCCUCCCUGUCUCGCCUCCAUUUAUCCUCUACACCCCCACCAUGACUGCACUCAAGCAAGGCGAGUUCGUCGGCAGCCUCGACUGUGGUACCACCUCCACACGAUUCAUCAUCUUUGACCAAUAUGCGAACGUCGUCGCACAACAUCAGAAGGAGUUCUCUCAACACUACCCCAAUCCUGGAUGGCAUGAACACGAUGCCGCCGAAAUGCAAGCCGUCUGCGAAACUUGCAUCGACGAGGCUGUCAACGACUUGGAAAAAGCGGGGUGGUCGAGGGAGAGCGUCAAGGUCAUCGGUGUCACGAACCAACGUGAAACCACCGUCGCAUGGAGCCGCAAAACCGGAAAACAACUCUGUCAUGCAAUUGUCUGGGACGACGCGCGCACGAAAAACACUGUUGCCCAUUUCCAGCAUGUGCUCGAUGUCAAAGGUAUCGAGAUUGAGCCUGGCGUCUUCAAAAAAGGACAGGAAGGAAUUCAGACCCUGCGAGAGCUAACUGGGCUUCCUUUGUCCACAUAUUUCUCCGCCAUCAAGCUGCACUGGAUGCUGGAACACCAUGAUACUGUUCGCAAGGCACAUGAUGAAGAUGAUCUCCUCUUCGGAACAGUGGAGUCAUGGAUUGUAUAUAAUUUGACCGGUGGUGUGAACGGCGGUCUUCAUAUAACCGAGCCCACAAACGCCUCACGCACUCUCCUCCUCAACAUCCGCACGCUCAAAUGGGAUCCCAGGCUUCUGAAGUUCUUCGGCCUCAAAGAAUCUAUCCUUCCCCGUCUUGCCUCCACAUGCGAGGUUUACGGCGAAAUAGCCUCUGGCGCACUGCAAGGCGUCAAAAUCGGCGGCCUUGUCGGCGACCAGCAAGGCGCGCUUGUUGGCAACAAAUGUCUCACACAGGGUGAAGCGAAGUGCACAUAUGGCACUGGUGCUUUCCUCCUUUUCUGUACCGGUGAUGAAAUCGUGUACAGCGAUCACGGGCUGUUGAGUACCGUGGCCUUCCAGCCAGGCCCCGGCGCAAAACCAGUGUACGCGCUGGAAGGAGCAAUCGCCGUUGCUGGCAGUGCAGUGAAAUGGCUCCGCGACUCCAUGGGGCUGAUCGCAUCUGCCUCUCAGAUCAAUGACCUCGCAGCCUCCGUGCCCUCCACGGGCGGUGUAUACUUCGUCACCGCCUUCUCCGGUCUCCUCGCGCCCUACUGGGACCCAACCGCUACGGGCUUGCUCGUCGGUCUGACAUCUUACACCACGCCCGCUCAUAUCUGCCGCGCGACGCUCGAAGCCAACGCCUUCCAGACCCGUGCGGUCAUCGAUAGCAUGCAGCUGGACUCGAAGAGCGAUCUGAAGCAUCUCAAGGUAGACGGCGGUAUGACAAACGGAGACAUGUGCAUGGAUAUUUUGGCCGAUGUCGGUGGGUUUGAUGUUGUCCGACCCGAAAUGAGAGAAUCUACCGCAUUGGGUUCUGCGCUCCUCGCAGGCUCGGCCAUCGGUCUCUUCGGGUGGGACAUCUCCAAGCCAGAAACACUCGGUGAGGUGAACACAGCAGGUAGCAAGAGGUUCACGCCCCGGAUAGAUCAAAAACAGCGGAACACUAUGUUGACCGGUUGGCAGCGUGCCGUCGAGCGGUCAAAGGCCUGGGAAGAAAGUAUUGACGACGAAGUAUGAAGCGAUUUCUAUGUUGUGUCGCAUAUCAUGGAUCAUGGGUGUGAUCGUACUGGACCUUCAAUUUUUUUUUCUCGUUUUGGAUAUUUAUUGAGGCUGUACUUGUUCGAUACGUCUUUUCACGGAGGGUUCUGCAAUCUGAUGUGGGCGUCGAUGUAUUUAAGAAUAAUCUUGGGGUAAUUGAACGUAGACAUCAUGUACUUAUUUCGGCAUUGGCAUCCCUGGCUGACAAUCUUACAUGAUUUUCAAGU